GCAUUUUUAUUUUGUCCUUUGAAGUGAUAGUACGGCGAAAACUCAAGUUGCGUUUUCUACAGCAUCGUGUCUUUACAUCGUUUCCGAAAUGGCACGAGAGGAGAGGAAUGCAGCCAUUCGCCAAAUCGCAGAGGAAAAGAUAGAGUUGAUAGGCAAGCAAAGUUCUACACUUUGCAGUAAUUCGCUCGACAAUUUUCAAAAACUGAUGGACCUCUUUUCAAAUAACCCACGUAUUAAAUCGGACAAUAUUAUUAAGGCUAUUAAAGUGCUCACUAAGCUAGAAGCGGAGGUUUCCAUCAAAGCGGAGAUACAAGUGGCAGAAAAACAAGUGCACAGCGUUGUCGUGCGACAAAACAUCAUGUCGCCGCAGUUAGCGGAACCAUCGGGGUGUAAUUCUGGGAUGCGUGAUAAUCAUUCUCAAGUAUCAACUGCUCAUGUCACUAUUCAUCAGAGUAACCUUACAACUUACUCAAAGCCACAAACUGUACAAGAUACUGUAACGCAAGAAAUAUUCCAAAUGGCAUCCUCAUAUCAUCCGCAACCAAUAGAAAGCUCAUUAAUUAAUGAAGAAAGGUUGUCGUCUAAAUAUCCUCGUAAGAAAAAAAAUCCAGAAGUCGCAUUAACUCAUUCGUUUUCUGCUUUUAAACCCCCGGCAAUUCCUGAAAAAAGAGGUGACGACAAGCUAUAUUUCAGACGAGCUGAAGUGUUUCCAGCCCCGGCUGCCACUUAUGCUGAACACAGAAUGCGGCAAGCAAAUAAAAUGGGCCAAACCAAUCGCCAAAUCACUUCUGAAUUGCAUCAAAAAUCCCCUUCACCCUGUCAAAACAAUAUAGGUCAAAGCUCUCAACAUCUGCUGAAGAAUUACAAUGAGCUUGGAUCAUCUACUCAAACAAAUACUACAAACAUUGAAGCGCGUCAAAACCAAAUUUCAUCAGAUCUAUUACUGGGAGUAAAAUCUAACACAACUCCGUCCAUUCCAAUCCCGGAUCAUGUGAAUCAUGGAACAACAUUGACAAACAAUGCAUCCCAAUCUCUAUCCAAACCUGUGCAACAUUUAUCCCCAUCUGCAGCAAGUCGUGACGAUGUAAAAAAGUCGACUAACGUCACUGAAAAUACUCUGCCUUCAUCCUCAGAUAAUCAUGUGGAAUCGUCGAAGAACGAAAUAAGUAAAGUCAGUCCAACCAAAAAUAAACAAAACAAAGUAAACAGAGAAGUUCACAGCUUGAUUAUAGGCGAAAUAGAAUUUACAGAGUCAAUGAAAAGAAGAGAAGAAAACGAAAAGCUGCGAAACAUAUCGAACCGCAUGGAGUGCAUCAAAGAUCGAUCGAAUAAUGAAAAAUGGGUGAAGGAUCUAUUAACUAAAUAUGGAAUGCAGAAUGAAACGCGAGUCGUUCUAACAAGACUAGAGGAUAUUAACGGCAUUGCAUUGCGCAGUAGAACAAAAUCGGUGGAAAAUCGUGAAUGUUCAUAUAACGAAUCUUCCAAUACUACCAAACAAAACCAAAAUUCACCUUCAACGAAUAAACACAUAACCACGCGUAGAAAAACCGUGGAUUGUCGCGAAGCAUUAGAGAAUCCUUCGCAAACAAACAAAAAACGUGAGCAAGCCAAAAACAAGAAAAUAAAAUGCCGUAGAAAAUCGCACUGUGCUGCUGCCAAUAGUGUCACGGUAUCGCCUGAAAAGGCAGUCCAAAAUAGUUUCUAUCUGUCGGACAGUGAAGAUAAUGUGAGCCAAGACUGCACAAAUUAUGAACCUCCAACAAAAAAGCAAGCUAUGAACAAACCAAAAUCGAAUUCUAAUCGAGGCGUUACUAAAACUACUUCCCCAAAAUCGAAGAAUAAAACAGUAGGGUGCUCAAUGACCAGAAAAAAAUCCGUAGCGAAAACAUUGGUAAGCCCACAAGAAAAUUCUGUAAUCGAUGAGCAUGUCAAUAUUCCCAAUGACAAUCCAGAUAUCCAUUGUCAGAGUAAUUUCAUGUCCAGUUGUUCUUUAUGCUCCUAUCGUGGCGAAAAGAUAAUCGAACAUUACUUGACUAAGCACAAACAAAACGAAGUUUUUGUUAGUCGGAUUUCCCCACGUCAGUCGGACAUAAUCAGAAAAUGCCCUAUUCCGCUGCGCGAUAGCGAAAAAAAUAUUUCGAAAAAUGAGCUAGCUCCAUUAGCACGAUUUUGCUGUUUCUGUGAGAAAAAUCGUGUUCUUACCUACAAGGAAUGGAUUGAACAUAUAGCAAAACACACAGGAGAAUAUGAAUUUGAUCAGGAGGUGAAAACACUAAAGAAUCCAUUCGUCGAAAUUAAGUUUCAAAAUAAUAAUAUUUUGGCCUAUAUUUGUGACCGCUGUAACUUUGUUCAAACCCGUCUGUCAGCCAUGGAAAAUCACUUAAAAAAACAACAUUUCUCCCAGGAGGACGGUUCUGCAAAACCAUCAGAAUAUAUACGUUUCGCUGUGUGUCGCGUUAAAGUCGAGAGUAGUUCAGUUGACAAGAAAACCAAUCUAGAACUAAAAUCGGAGUCCAUAUUUGGUUGCCAAGUGGUUAACAAUCCUAUCGACAGAGACGAAGAAACGGCCAUCUCUGAUGGGAUGGAUCAUGAAAUUUUGCAAGAAUUAGAAAGAUUACAUGGUUAUGAGCCAUUGGUUGAUUCUAUAGUGAAAGAAGAAAUUGAUUUGAAUGCAGAUGCAGAAUAUACUCAUCAAUGUGGCAAAAAAGGAUCCAAACCUACCGGAACAGUUUCACAAAAUAGUAGAAGUACAAACUUAUCGAAUGAUAUCAAUCCGGAUUGCACCACUGAGCAACGUGUACCAGCACUGCAAACUAUUUUAAAUGAAAAUGUCGUCGAAGCCGCCGAAGAAACUAGAGAGAGACACGCAAAUGAAUUGACCGGAGGUAGAGACGAUCCAAUGGAUUAUGAUUCCGAUGAUAGUUUAAGCACUAUAGCAAUGGAUGAUCCGGAGUACCAGCAUUCUAUGGAUGGUAUAAAAGAAGAAGAAUUUGCAGAAGAAUGUCGAACGUCCGAUCGUGAUAAUCCACUCCGGUGUGAUAAAAAUGUUGAUCAAAAUCAAGACAUCAAUGCUGUGCCUUCACAAAAUGAAUCAUUUAUGAUCGGAAAUGGGAAUGGUUCUCGAAAAAAUAUACAAAAUAUCAUUAACAUGAGUUGCGUGAAAGUAGAGUUACAAGAAGCUCCACAUGAUAUGAACGAAGAAAACAAUUUUUACAAUGAAUCUAAUGAAACCAGGAAUGAAAGCAUUACCGAUAGCCCUGCUAAACAAAUAUCAUACUCUGUCGCACGGUCAAAUAAUGGCGGGUCAUUUAAACCGGCGGAAAUCCAAGAAAAUCGCCCUUCCGCUACCACCGUUGAUGGGAACGUUGAUGGUGUAAUGGUGGAACUAACGGGUUCAAACUCGGACCCUUUCGAAAUCGUACGGAAUGAAGAGCAGUUGCAAUACUUGUGUCACUACUCAACUAAUUGCAAAUUUGUGGGUUCAAAUACCAUUUCAUUAGAGAAACAUGUUCAAACAAAACACGUUGUAAGAUGGAGUGGGUACUGUCAUACUUGUAAAGGCUACAUAGAAAAUCAUACUGGGUUUACGAAAAAAUUUCCAAUUCAUUAUUUGAAACAUUUCCUUUUGAAGCACUCAGACCCAAAACCAGACAGUCAAGUACGAAAACCGCUAACAAUUCGUUUUCGGAGAUUAUCUGGAGAUAAGCUCUCUGUAGUUAAUAAUUAGUUUCAAACGAAAUUGAUACUAAGGUUGUCAUAAAGAGUGUUUUUGGUCUCAAAACUCCCUUAGUAAGUCAGUUGUAUAUGUUAAGUCUCAAAUUAAUUAAGAAUGUUGAUAUGUUACUGAAUAAAAAAUUUGAUUAACAUAGGAAGGAAGUUAUGUAACAAGCAGUGCCAAUCGAUACAAAAAAGUUUUUUAAUAAAUAAUUGCUUAGAUUAAAAAGCAAAUCCUUUAUUAUUGAUUUUAAAAAAAUCGUCGUUAUGAUAAAAAAAAACGCGCCUUCUUCGGCGAGUUUGACGUCUUAUCAAAAAUACCAACUUCACAAUUUUUAAAAAUAAAUUUGGUACAGAACAGA